AAGUUUCCAUAUACCAAAACAUCAAUUAAUCUUAGACACUCUUUGGGAAAAUAGUGGGGCUAUGGGUUUACUUGGGAUGCUUAUCCAAGUCAUCUGGGUUGGUGUGAUAUUAUCAGCAACAAUGGCAGCCGCAGCAAUAGCGUUUCCAAUAGCCCUGCCUAAAUGCCCCGACAUAUGUGGAAAUGUUAAAAUUCCAUAUCCAUAUGGCACAACUAAAGGUUGUUACCUCAAUGACACUGCUAUUCUUGGGUAUUAUUUUAUCAAUUGUACUACCAACGCGAACGGCCAACCUCAACCAAUGAUUGGAGAUUUUAACGUUACAAGCAUUUCCACUGAAGAAGGUGAGAUUGGCAUCCAGAUGUUUAACUCCCUUGACUGUUACGACGAGUCAGGCGCGCCUCUGGAAAAUAAAUCAUCAUCUGUCACCCUUCCCAGUUUCACAGUUUCCGCCACAAAAAACAAGUUCGUGGCAAUUGGCUGUGACACUUUCGCAUUCCUUAAUGGUGAUCUGAACGGUGAAGACUUUACCAUCGGCUGCCUGUCCUCUUGUCAAAACAUAAGAAAUGUAGUCAAUGGGACGUGCUCCGGAAUUGGGUGUUGCGAGAUUAAGAUUCCGGAAGGAUUGAAAAAUGUUGAUUUCAGAGCAUAUAGCUUUAGUAGUAAACACAAAGAAGUCUGGAAAUUCAAUCCAUGCAGCUUUGCCUUUUUUAUCCAAGAAGACAAGUUCAAUUUCUCAUCAGGUUACCUCGCCAGUCUGCGAAACAAUAGAACCCUUCCGAUGGUUCUCAAUUGGACAGUUGGUAACAAGACAUGUAAAGUUGCUCGGAACAGACCGAAUUACAUAUGUGGAGCGAAUACCACAUGUUCUGAUCUCAACAACGGGUCUGGGUACCGUUGCAAGUGCAAAGACGGUUACGAAGGGAACCCAUACCUCAAACAGGGUUGCCAAGACAUUGAUGAGUGCGAUGAUGCUAAAGAACUCAAUAACUGCACAAGCCACCCCCACCAAUAUUGCGUCAAUAAACUCGGAAGUUAUCAUUGUUCGUGCAUGAAAGGGUACCAUUCAGAUGGGGAGGCAUGUGUUCCUAAUAAAUCAUCACUAGCAAUUAUACUCACAAUUGGUAUCGGUGUUGGCCUUUUAGUUUUGCUUGUGGGGGGUUCUUGGAUAUAUUGGGGACUGAAAAAAAGAAAGCUCAUCAAGCUCAAAGAAAAAUUCUUCCAACAAAAUGGUGGCUUACUACUACAACAGAAACUAUCUAGUCAUAGCGGGUCUAUGGAGACAGCCAGAAUUUAUAGUGCAGAAGAGCUUGAAAAGGCCACCAACAGCUAUAAUGAGAGCAGAAUUCUUGGACAAGGAGGUUAUGGUACAGUUUAUAGAGGAAUAUUACCAAAUAACAAAGUGAUUGCUAUUAAGAAGUCCAAAAUUGGUAGUGAGCAUCAGGUUGAACAAUUCAUAAAUGAGAUAACUAUUCUUACUCAAAUUAUCCAUCGAAAUGUGGUUAAGCUAUUAGGUUGUUGUUUGGAAACAGAAGUACCCUUACUAGUUUAUGAAUUCAUCACAAAUGGGACUCUUUCUAACCACAUUCAUGAUAAAGGUCGGUCAUUCUUACUUUCAUGGGAAAAGCGUUUAAAAAUUGCAGCAGAAAUUGCAGGAGCACUUGCAUACUUGCAUUCUGCAACUUCUGUGCCAAUCAUACACAGAGAUGUUAAAACUGCAAAUAUAUUAUUAGAUGAUAACUUCACAACAAAAGUGUCUGACUUUGGAGCUUCUAGGUUGAUUCCUCUUGAUCAAACAGAAUUAAACACAUUGGUGCAAGGAACUUUCGGGUACAUGGACCCAGAAUACUUCCAUACUAGUCAACUAACAGAAAAAAGUGAUGUUUAUAGCUUUGGUGUUGUUUUGGCAGAGCUUUUGACUGGUAGAAUGGCAUUUUCUUUCGAUAUGCCUGAAAGUGACAGAAAUCUAGCAAAGUGCUUUGUUUCUGCAGUAAAAGAUGAUCGCCUAUUUCAAAUUCUUGAGGAUCACAUUGUCAAUGAGGGUAAUAUUAAGCUACUAAAGGAAGUUGCUAAUAUUGCAAAAAGUUGCUUAUGUGUGAGAGGCGAGGAUAGGCCUUCUAUGAAGGAAGUGGCAAUGGAGCUGGAGGGCCUGGUUAUCGUGGAAAAACAUCCUUGGGGAAAUAUUAAUGUCAAUACAGAAGAGAUUGAGAACUUGCUCAAUGCACCUACGCAAUCAUUCAACAUUGAUGUUAGCACAAAUUGUUCCAGCAGUACAAAUACAAGGUAAACAAUCAAGUUCUACUAAGUGACGCUAAUUCGAGUCUACUUGGAUGGAGAGUGGAUAUAAUUGUUGCUGUUGGGACACAAUGGGCUUAUUUUUUCACAUAAAAGAAACUCCAUGGUAUUACUUUCACAUGUUUGUAGUUGACAAGUUGUCUCCUCUAGUGUGCUGCUCACUUUUUCAGCCCAAAUAAGUGGUUGUUUUGCCACAAACACGGGUUCGUUGGUGUUAACUAUUUUUCCCAUUAGUAUUGCAAUCAUCCUGUAAUUUUUUUAUUUCUCAUUCUCUUUAAUCAGGUAAUUUUAGUUAGACCGAUUUAAAUUAUAUUCUUCAAUUAUAUCCCACAAAUUUUGUAAGAGGAAAAGUCUGUCAAUUGUGAACUUCAAACAUAGCUCUCACUCAUGAGGAUAGGAACCCUGUUUUGGGUAUAGUUGAAAGUAGAUUCACUUGAAUUUGCUGACAAAGUUUAUGG